AUGCCAGAAGAGGACCGAUCGAUUGAUUCCGGCACCACGGUCACCCAAGAUACUCCAACAGGCAGUGACUCCGGCAGAGUCUCUGCGAGCGGGGGGGAGGAUGCCGGGGGCUCGUCGUCUGCCCAAGACCAGAUCGGAAACAGCGUUUCCGUCACUUCCCCCGAGAGGACCGAGCCCUACACUAAGACAGUGCCCAAUGACGAUGUGGGGGAUACUAUAGCCGAUUUGGAUGAUAAGGGGUGUCAGCUGCUGUCUGUUCUUCCUAGCCAGGAGAGAGGGAAGGGGUGGACUGAUAUUAGUUAUCAGGCUGUCCCGCGCUAG